ACUUGUAUAUUCAUAAUGGGCCAAACAAAGAAGCACAUCGACUGCCAUCUUUAUCCAUUUGAAGAAGCGGUUAACAGUUACCUGCUUUUUAUUCGAAAAAUAAAUGAAGGGCAAACAUGCAAUUUUGCCAUUGCCAAUAUGCUUCGGAAUUUCAAAGAAGAACUCCGUUCUUAAUCCAAUUGGCUUUCUUCUGCAUGUCUCUAUAUUAACCUAAUUCAGCAUUUAACAAAAGUAUACAUUGCAUCGAGUUCAAUAGAUUGAACGGAACAUUGUCUGAAACGUCCGAAUAUUGCAAAGCAUAAAAUGACAUUUGAAGAUCGGAAAAAAAUUUAAGUGAAAAAUUUCCAAAGUCUAAAUCAACGUUCACUUCCACACCAAUUCAAAUGUAUUAUACCACUUGUGUUGAGUUCAUUCUUAAUGUUGACACUUUGAAUACAUGACAUUUAGCGCCAUUUCAAAACAUAACCUUCAAGUCGUGUUAUUGCUUGAAUGCAAAGUGUUUGGAUUUGGGAAGACCGCAUUGUGUUUACGUUUAUUGCGAUAUUAGGAGGCGGCGAAUCGUAAGGAUAGAGGAUAUGGCUGGUGGAAUUGAUACCAGUGACCGAAAACCACGACGCUUGAGAGGAACUCCUGCACUCAGACUCAUCAAUUUGUACAGCACAAUCGGAAUAACAGUCGCAUUUGGUAUUGGGUAUUUCUUUUAUCAAUUGCCAAACACCAAACGGUUUAUGGACAAAUAUUUUCCCGCCGAAGAAUUCGAUCGAGAACAAAAAGAACGGGAGGAACACGCUUUUAUGCUGAAAAACCAAAUGGUUGGUCAAAAAUCGGCCAGUGAAAUUCGUCAAAUUUUGCGGCACAAGAAGAAAUACGAAACGGAACUUUAAGACAACAAAUCGAUGAUUUGUCGUCAUUUCCAAACGAAAGAUUAUUAAUAGAUGCACGAAAACAUGGACAACAAAGACGAAACGAAAACUAAACCGAAUCGGUUGAAGUUUUCACGGUUGUGUCUAUCUCAAACCCGAAAUGCCGCCACACAUCGAAACGAAACACAAUUGCCGAAUUCACAAAUAUCGCGAUUUUUUUCUCAUUCAAAUGCAAGUGAUGGUGUGCCUAAAACGGAAAAUCUCGCUCCCGUAGGAGAUGUUGAUAUCGAUAAAUGUUCACAAAGCACCUCAAAUAGCUGUGAUAAACCUUCGUUGGAAAUGGAAAGUGUGAAACGAAACAAUGACAUAACUGAUGACAAGCCAAACAUAGAUGUAACAAAGAAGCCGUCGGAGAGAAAAAAGACCAAAAAUGUGCAGCGGAAUGAUAAGGCAAGUGAUUCAAAGUCAACAUCAACAAUCAAGUCAUUCUUUUCAAACGAUAACAAUGACAGCAUGGCCGAUUUUGAGAUACCAACAAAAGUUGCCAAACGGCCACCCACCAAACCGAUACCAUCAAAAACAACAAAAAGUUCACGAACUCGUCGAAAACAGCCCGACAUCCGAAAGGUAUUGAAGAAACGAGAUGCUGCAUCAGAGAAUUAUAGUCACUUACCCGAAGAGGCUCAGUUGCAAUUGGCAUUGGCAAUGUCAAAAGCUGCCGCCGAAGUACCUGAUCAACCGAUCAACUUCGAUGAAUUCGAGUUUAAGCCGACAAAUGCUAAGCUGAAUGAAAAUUUCUAUGAAUUUUUCAACAUGCCAAAAAAGACAAACGCCCGCUUCAAGUGGAAUUCCAAGUGUACACAGCUAACGCGACGAAAAGAUGAGGCGCAAAAAAGUAAAAUCCGUGAAAAAGUCGACGAGCUAUUGGUGAACAACAUAAUCGUUGAAUCGAGCCAAUCGGAGCGAUCAAAGUCACCAAUUUAUUUUACCUUGCCCGAUUAUGUUCCCUAUGAAAUCUACAGCAAACGCUUGCAACGGAUUUGUGUGUCAGAACGAAUUCUCUUCGAAGUCAAUGGCUGUGAGAUGCAUACGAAGAGCAACAUUUUGUCAUACUACACAAACAACUUGGUGGAACGCUCUGAACUGGAUGCAGGCGUUUUGCUAAGAGAUUGGUCGAAAAUCCCAGGCCGAGACUCCGUUUACGAUGGCGUAGCAAAUGAAAUUGAUAAGACUGACACAACUGUGAUUUCAUCACAACCUCAAUCUUCUGGUGGUUGUGUUGAUAAGAAUGAACAUGAAUCCGCUGAUGACGCUAAAGCCUAUGAAAAAGAAGCGCCUGAAACGCAACAACAGUAUUUAGAUGCGCCAAUGGAGAUCCAAGACAUGGAACAAGAGACGGAUCAGCAUAAAAUCGAAAAUUCGAAUCAAGUCACAGAAUAUAAUGCUGCUGAAUUACUGUUUAUCGAUCAAGUUCAAGAACCGGAACCAAAUCAAAAUGAAGCUGUGGGUUCAGACGACGAUGCAGACGCAACAGUUGUGAUUGACUCAGAUGAUAUUCAACUAAAAGUUGAUGCCAUUAAUACUAAAAUUCGAUUGAGCCAGAACUUUUCUGAUAUAUUCCAACCAACGGUUGUCACCUACGAUACCAUCUCUCAUAAAGUCCGAGCACCUUCACCUGACCUUUUCGAUGACGACGAUGAUUAUGAAAUGACCGAUGAAAUACAAGAGGAUCAAAAAAUAGAAGGCAAUGAAAGAAAUACACCGAAUAUACCGACCGAUGAAGAGACUGUUGAAACUGCCUCAUCGGGGGCUAUUGAGAUUAGUUCAAGUGAAGGAAAUUCAAAUCAAGUUCCAGAUUCGAGCAAAAGUACUCAAAGCCAACCACUGAUUAUCGAUUCCGAAGAAACCAUAAACAAUGACAUUCCAGUUGUGGAAACGAUUGAUCUACUUGAUUCUGACUCAGAAAACACGCUCAAAGAUCGUGUUGACUCACCAGUUGACGUCAAUGAAGACGCAACAAUGGUGGAAUCAAAUCAUUAUGACUUUUGUAACUACGAAUACGAGAAUGAGGAGUUUCUACAACCGUUGGAAAUCGUAAACGAAAACGUUAAUGAAAAUGUGGCCGAAAGCAAUGAUGAACAUUUGAACGAAAGCGGAAAUGUGUCGCAUAAAUCGAAUGAAAGUACCGGUUUGACUAAGAAAUUGUCGUUCACAGAGCGCUUAGAACUGUAUGAAAGAGAUAUGUUAAAUGGAUUCACCGAUGAUCUUCCUGAAGAGUGUUACAAUCAAAGUCAAAGCCAAAUGAAUCAAUCACAAGAAUCGAUCGUACUGUCCGAUGAUGAAAUCAACUACUCCAUUUUGAAAAGUAAAAAGGGUGCUGUGCAUACGAUGGAAGAUGAUGAUAUCAACAUGGAUGAUGAUAAUUGUCAUUACGAUUACUAUAUACCAAGUCCCAUCGAUUUCAAUCUCAUCGAUGGCAAUUCUAACCAGGAAACGGACGAGAAACUAAUGAAUCAAAGUGUAUGUAAUAUUUUGGAGAAGACAUUCGAUCAUUGCCCAUCGCCGAUAUCCACAGCAGCAAAAACGAAGACAAUUGGUGCAAAAUCGCUGAAAAAGGUCAAUUCAGAAACAGUGCUCGGUUCUCGAUACGGAAAUGCGAUACCCUCAACUUCAACUUCAACUUCACCGUCAACGUCAAAUGUGAAAAGAAUAAAACUAACACCAGAUAAGAAGACGGUAAAUUUGGAAUCACCGCAAAAGCCGAACAGUUCUCCAUUUUCUCAGCCAACAGUAGAAACUCGGAUGGAUUUAUCGAACGAAGAAUACUACAUUCAACUUGGUUCCGUGUCACCGAAACCAAACUAUGAAGAAAUGGACGCAUCAACACUCGAGAUGGAAUUGAAAAAAUUUGGAUUGAAGCCUUCAUUACGCCGGCGACAGGCCAUCAUUUGUUUGGAGUACAUUUACAAUCGAACACAUCCGUAUAUGAGCGAUAGUGUUAAUGAAGCGGAAAGCCCACUGAAGGCGAAUAAAAUCAAAGAAUCCGAAAAUUGCAAAGAUAUUCCAAACGACGAUGAUGAAGAUAGUGGUCCAAAGAUCAACUUUAACAUCGGCUUUGCCGCAAACAAUUUAGUCGAUGAGAAAUUCAAAAAACAAGAAGUCAACAAGAUAUUCCUACCAUCCGCUUUAAGAGCUAAAAAACCCUGGUGCUUGGAACCUCUUCACAUUGCCUGGCAUAAUUUGAUCAAAGCAAACACUGAUUUACGUAAAGCGGUCCUCCUGUACGAGCCCAUCAAUCUGGUUGAACUGAAAAAAUUCUUCAAAACCAUUGACAUGACAUUCGAUAAUCGAGAUUUAAUUGCAUUCUUGGAUUUGCAUUGCAUCACCUUUCGCAUGAACCAUUCACGGAAUAAAAACUGAGCAUCGCUUGCAAUUGUCUCAUUUGUUAUAUUUUUUGUACGAUUGUUGUUUGUUUUUUUUUCCAUUUUGUUUGAUGCAUCAGUCUACAAUGUUAAUUUUCUAUUUAAAAAAAAGUUUACUAAAAAAAAUAUAACAAAACUUUCUUAAACCGA